AGCGUUGGGUUUUGGGCGGGUGAAGAACAUGUGUUAACUCUCCCGUGCAUAUUGCAUAUUGCAUAUUGCAUAUUGCAAUAAUAUUAAUUACGGUCGUAUGACCAGUGCUACAACCCACUGCAACUCUACUGCCAAUUGUUCCACUUCCACCUACCGCUGCUUCCUCAUUCCUUGCCAUGGCGGCUUCCUACUCCUCCUCCCCUUUCGCAUCCCCUUCCUUCCAUCUCCCUGCAUCUCCAGAAACCCAGCAACAUAGUAAAUCCUCGUCGAUCUUCCUCACCGCAAACUCCUUCAUCCCCGGAAUCAAAUCCCCCAAAUUUCAGGUUUCGAGCUGCAGAAAUAGCCGAUCCGACCUUCUAAUCGGAAGCAGAAGCAUCAGCCCCAUCUGCUUCUUCUCGGCGAAGAAGCCACCCUCUGAUUCCAAGCAAACCAGGGUGCAGGAGCUCUGCGUGUACGAGUUCAACGAGCGCGAUCGCGGGAGCCCCGCCUACCUCCGCCUGAGCCAGAAGGAAGUCAACUGCCUCGGCGAUCUCGUCCCCUUCAGUAACAAGUUGUACUCGGGGAACCUGGAGAAGCGGUUGGGGAUCACAGCGGGGAUCUGCGUGCUGAUCCAACACGUCCCAGAGAGGAACGGCGACAGGUACGAGGCCAUCUACAGCUUCUACUUCGGAGACUAUGGGCACAUCUCGGUUCAAGGGGCGUACCUGACCUACGAAGAGACUUACCUGGCGGUGACGGGGGGCUCCGGCGUCUUCGAGGGUGCCUACGGGCAGGUCAAGCUGCAGCAGAUCGUGUUCCCCUUCAAACUCUUCUACACCUUCUACCUCAAGGGCAUCGCCGACCUCCCCAAGGAGCUUCUCGGGGCACCGGUGCCGCCCUCGCCGGCCGUGGAGCCAACGCCCGCCGCCAAGGCCGCCGAGCCCCACGCCGCCAUCAAGAACCAUACGAAUUGAGGCGCACUUCCGGUUGAGUAAUAAAUACGUGGAUUAAUUGCCACUUCGAAUUUAAUUUAAUGCAAACGUUAUGUUGCUUGUAUUUGUCGGUUAUAUCAUUUAGAAUCUUGUUUGGUUGUUCGGAUUC